UAUCCUUCACGGGCCCCAAGGUGAAAAACCAAAACGGGCGCUAAUUUUACCGGUGUACGUUAAGGAAACUACCUUUAAAUAAUCUAUCUCGCGCAUCGUUGAAUUUCCCCCAAAUCUCAAAACAUAGUCCCCCUCAAGGCUCAAGGGCUUCAAUCCAGAGGUCCCUGUUUCUCAGACCCAAUCUCUGGUGUUUUUUCACUCGAAACCUUCUCGAUAAAAUUGAAGCUACAGGUUUUUCUGCCCUUUUUACUUUCGUUCAUUUAUGCCUUUUGAAUUGUUCUUAGUUUACUUUGGUUGUUUUAGGAAGUAAACAAAAUCAGUGCAGUUCCAUUUCACAGAAAGAGACUCGGGAAAAUUUGAACUGAAGUUUUCAUUUAUGGUCGUUUUCAAUUUUAAUAGUGCAAUGCAGUAGCCUUGGAUUUAUUUUUGUGUACUUCAAUUACAAGGGAUCGAGUCUGGGUGAAUUUUUGGUGGUAUAAUGAAGGAUGUGGAAUUACCGAAGUGGCUUAAAGGGUUGCCAAUGGCACCUGAAUUCCGACCAACGGACACGGAAUUUGCUGAUCCCAUUGCGUAUAUAUCCAAAAUAGAGAAAGAAGCCAGUGCUUUUGGUAUAUGUAAAAUAAUUCCGCCAUUGCCUAAACCUUCAAAAAAGUACGUUCUUUAUAAUUUAAAUAAGUCCCUUUCCAAGUGCCCGGAAUUGGGUUCUGAUCUAAAUCUCAUUACUAAGUCAAAAACGGAUAAUGCUGAUAAGGGAAAUCAUAAUGUCAAUGAGAGUAGGGCGGUAUUCACUACUAGGCACCAAGAAUUGGGUAGUGAGAAAGGGAGAAAGGAGAAGGGGGUGGGAUGUCAGGUAUCCGGAGCUCAAAAGCAAGUUUGGCAAAGUGGGGAGGUUUAUACAUUGGAGCAGUUUGAAGCAAAGUCGAAGAAUUUUGCUAAGGGUCAGUUUGGCAUGGUGAAAGAGGUGAAUCCAUUAAUUGUAGAGGCAAUGUUCUGGAGAGUGGCUUCUGGUGAGAAGCCAGUUUAUGUUGAGUAUGCAAAUGAUGUGCCUGGUUCAGGGUUUGGUGAGCCAGUAGGGUCACUGCGGCAUUUUUAUAGACAUAAGAGGAGGAGGAGGAGGAAGAGAAAGUCCUUCAAUCGGAAUAAUUUAGGAAGCUCUGAUAGCAAGGAUGAUCAUGUAGAUGCGUUGAACAGUGGUAGUAUAGAUAACGUUUCAGACAACCAGAAAGAUAUUGGUUCAUGUAAAGAAACAGCAUCAAAUUCAUUACCAUCUAUGCAGUCACAUCAAGCUGAGUCUUUUUCUGGGCACAAGGAUUUAAACUGUAUUGGUGAGAUGGAAGGUACUGCUGGUUGGAAGCUUUCAAAUAGUCCUUGGAAUUUACAAGUAAUAGCACGAUCAGCUGGAUCGUUGACACGUUUUAUGCCAGAUGAUAUCCCUGGUGUUACUUCUCCCAUGGUUUAUGUGGGAAUGCUGUUCAGCUGGUUUGCUUGGCAUGUUGAAGAUCAUGAGCUUCACAGCUUGAACUUCCUUCACAUGGGCGCUCCGAAGACUUGGUAUGCAGUGCCAGGAGACUAUGCAUUUAAUUUUGAAGAAGUAAUUCGUCUUUAUGGUUAUGGAGGAAACACUGACCGUUUGGCUGCUCUUACUCUCUUGGGCGAGAAGACAACUGUUUUAUCUCCUGAAGUUAUUGUUGCAUCAAACAUCCCCUGUUGCAGGUUGGUGCAAUACCCUGGAGAAUUUGUUGUGACAUUUCCGAGGGCUUACCACAUAGGAUUCAGCCAUGGUUUCAAUUGUGGAGAAGCUGCUAAUUUUGGCACACCUGAAUGGCUUGCAAUAGCUAAGGAAGCUGCUGUGCGUAGAGCUGCCAUGAAUUAUCUACCCAUGCUUUCUCAUCAGCAGCUCUUAUACUUGUUGACCAUGUCUUUCAUUUCAAGAAUACCAAGAUCCUUACUACCAGGGGUGCGAAGCUCACGUCAUAGAGAUCGUCAGAAAGAAGAAAGAGAAUUUUUAGUAAAGAAAGCAUUUAUUGAAGAUAUCUUGAACGAAAACAAUCUCUUGACUAUUCUCCUUCAGAGAAAUUCCUUGUACCGUGUAGUACUAUGGGACCUGGAAUUGUUGCCAUCUUCAAGUAAAGAAUCUGAAUCUGGCAAUGGUGUAGAUGCUGCAAUAUCAACAUCAAGUGAAAAGGCUUAUCCUGAAAAUGAUGAUAAUCAGGAUCAUUUCAGCCAGUUGACUAGCUGUAUUAAUGCAGUUGAUUUUGACCUAGAUGAUGAUGACUUGGCAUAUGAUUUUCAUAUGGAUUCUGGAACUUUACCCUGUGUUGCUUGUGGCAUUCUUGGUUUUCCAUUUAUGGCUGUUGUACAACCAUCUGUGGAAGCCUCAAAGACUCUUCUUCUUGAGGAUCAUCAUACCAUUGAAGAUCUAGAAGUUUCCAAACCAGUGGUUGAGUCAAGCCAAUGUAUACAUUCGCCGGUUGAGCAAUCUCCUAUCUCUGACCAUACAUCGUCUUCCAAGUAUGAUGCUGCUUCUUCAAAAGUUAAGACUGCGACAGGAUGGAACAUUUCUGGUGGAUUUGAAAAACCUCGAAUGUUCUGCCUGGAGCAUGCAAUUGAAAUUGAAGGAUUGUUGAGUACAAAGGGUGGAGCAAAUGUUCUCGUGAUUUGUCAUUCAGACUUCAAAAAAAUAAAUGCACAUACUGCAGCCAUAGCGGAGGAAAUUUCGACACCUUUUAAUUAUAACGACAUCCCUCUGGAUGGGGCAUCUCAGGAAGAUCUAUACUUGAUUGAUAUUGCUAUUGACCGAGAAGAACAAACUGGAUGCAUAGAAGACUGGACUUCACAAAUGAGUAUCAAUUUACAGCACUGUGUUAAGGUGAAAAAGAACUUCCCAUCUAAGAAUGUUAAGCAUCUAUUGACAUUGGGUGGGCUGCUCUCCGGUGCAACUCCCGACUUGAAUUCCUCCAGCUUCUAUUGGAAAUCCAGGAAAUUACGCACAAAACGUCAUCUAAAGCAUCCAUUGGUAAGCAAGCCAUCUGACCUUAAAAUCACAAAAGAGGAGGAUGAUUUAAGAUCAAAGUUAGAGCAUCAAACGGCUAGGAAAGAAGUUGAAGUCAUCCAAUAUUCAAGAAGAAAAUACAAAUCUCAUAAUUCUGCAAAAGUAAAUGAGCCCCCUAAAGACUCUAAUGACUGUGUACUACAAAAUGUUCCUGCUGCUUACAAUGUAGAUCAAAAGAAAGAAGCUAAAAGAACUGCUGAAAGCAUUCAUGUCGGCCUUGAAAAUAUUGAACAAACUAAUCCUGGGCUGAGCACUUUAGCUUCUGGGGGACAAUCUGAAUACGAAUGCAUAAAGUUUUCACAAGCAGGAGGUUGUGAGUAUUCUCUUCCCUCUCAAUGUGCAAAUUCAUUUAUCUCUGCCAUGCCAGUUGUCGAGAAUGUUGCAGCACAAACUUUAUUGUGCUCUUCUGAUGAAUUGAUAGUGAAGGAAACUGUUUGUAGUACAACAUGGCAUGAUCCCGAACUGCAGCAUGAAAUCAAGGUAGGCGAUGAAAACUUUGAGAAAAACAAGAGAUGUUAUUUGGAUGAUUCCAAUUGUUCACCUGCAGCUGAAGCUGGGAGGUGUCAUUCUGGUAAUUUUUCUGGUUCUGUAGUUUCUGCUCAAGGUAACAGAAAAAAUGUAAAUGUGAGGGAGAAACAUAUACUGAAGGAAACAGAAAAUGAGGUAUCGGAUACCUUGAAUUGCCAGGGUCACAACAAAGUUCACAGAGGCGCAGAUAAUAAAGAGAAAGCUGUCCCACAGGUAUUGGAUACCUUGAAUUGCGUGGGUCACAACAAAGUUCACGGAGAUGCAGAUAAUAAAGAGAAAGCUGCCCCUGUGAGAAAGCAGGAAAUUCAGACAGACGGAGAAAAUAAAGACACAGAUGUUUCCAUGGGACGGCUGGAAAUUCAGAAAGGCGGAGAUAAUCUCGAGAAAGCUGUUUUUGAGUGUCGGCAAGUAAAUCAGUCAGAUAGAGAUAAUCAAAACAAAGCUGUUUCAAUAGGUACUGGACUGGUAGAAGAAUUUACUUCAACGUCGGUUGAAGAACUCCAUGUAGCAAGUAACAUAUAUGCUGCUAUGGCAUCUUAUGGCGAUAACGACAUGGAUGUCUCUUUACUGGAGCAGAGAGAGCCGAAUUAUUCCAAAUGUACUUCUGUACAACCUGAACCAACUGCAGAGAGUGGAAGAAAGAGAAAACGAGAAAUAGACCUGCUAACACAAGAUCAAUUGCAAGUUGGUGGCUUCAUUAUAAGUCCCUGUGAAAGUUUGAGGCCCAGGGUCAGAAAAGAUGCAUCUGUCAGUGGAACUGAUUUUAGGAAACCUGUAGAGGAGAAGCUGCCUCUGACGAAGGCAAGGAGGAAGGCUUCUGCCGAUUCUCUCCCUCACAAGGAUAAGAAAGAACACGAAACCAGACCUCACAAGUGUGAAUUAGAAGGCUGUCGAAUGAGUUUCAAGACAAAGGCAGAGCUUCUCCUUCACAAACGCAAUCAAUGCCCAGUUGAUGGGUGCAGGAAGAAAUUCAACUCCCACAAAUAUGCAGUACAACACCAGCGCGUUCAUGACGAUGAUAGGCCCCUCAAAUGUCCAUGGAAGGGUUGUACUAUGUCGUUUAAGUGGGCUUGGGCAAGGACUGAACACUUACGAGUGCACACUGGGGAGCGUCCAUACGUGUGCAAAGUUGAGGGCUGCGGCCUUACUUUUAGAUUUGUAUCCGAUUUUAGCAGGCAUAGACGGAAAACCGGACAUCAAGUGAAGAUAAGUUAGGUUCGUGAAUUAUCAGUACCAAAUGUGGAAUUCUUGAGAAAAGUAAAGCAACUCAAGAAUUAUGCAAAACUAGAAUACUCUGAUCCUUUCAGUGUAGGCUAGAGAAUUCACUGAUCUCUGUUUGUGGAUAGGCAUUUCACAGUAAAAAAAAUUAUUGUUGAGUUUUGGUAGUUGGGAUAAUUGAUGUUGAAGUUGCUACUUUUUAAUUAGCAUGGAGGAAUUGGAUAUUGCCACCUUAUUGAGUA